UUCCAAUCAUUGUCAAGGCUCAGAAGUGAAGGUCACUGUCACCAUGAAGCAGUGGAGACCCUAGUGUCUUGCUUCCUAAUGCAAUUCAUAUAUCAUAGCUGCAGUAUAGCAUUUUUGACAUCCUAUGCCUGGUGUUGAGAUGUCAACCAAGAACAGAUUGACAAAAGAGCUGAAAGAUAGUGUGAAGAAUUGCUUGGGGAAGAAUGUCAAGGUCACAUUGCAAGCCUUGGUCAAGAUGGAGACCAAAGGGGAUAAGACAGAUCCAAGAGUUCUUAUUGAUUUCCACUUCCACUAUUUGGAUAUCUAUGCCAUUGAAAGCAAGAAGCCAACACAGCUCACAUUGGUUGUUGGUGAAAAGAGUCACACAUUUCAUUCAAUGGAAGAAGGUAGUCUUGAAGUUGACACCAUGGUAGUAUGUCUCGGAACAGCAGUGAAGGCUAUUUUUCCAACCAUUCCCCUAGAGCAUAUUAUCCGCCGAAUUGAUGUGGUACCGCAAAAAAGAAUUCAAAGAAUGCAUGACCACAACAAACAACUGGAAGAAAAAUGCACAAGGGAAUUGAGUGCUUGUGGUGGAUACUCGAUGCAGUACGCCUGUAUGUGUGACUAUCAUGGAUUACCAUACCGGGAAGAGGUUGCAUGGGACGUGGAUACCAUCUAUCUUUCUCACAAUACCCGAGAGUUAUGUUUGAAGGACUUCGAUCAUCUGGAUCCCAAGGACCUCAUUCCAAUUGUGUCUGCAUUGGAACUCAAUACUUGGUUCUCAAAGUUUCAAUGUAGUGGCCUUCGAUUGAGUCAUGAAGUUAUGGAGCGAUUGGUUCAGGUAUUGAAGAGGUCCUUGAGUCUUGAAGAACUCCACAUGGCAAAUGUUGGGCUGAAAGUGGAUAUGGUGCACAAGUUGUCCAUGGCCAUUCUGGAAAAUCAUUCCACAAGGUUGCAUACCCUUGAUCUUUCACAUAACAUGGUUGAAGAUAAAGGAGUAAGCCAUCUGCUGAGCCCCGUGUCCAGUGUUCCUGCUGGUUUGAAGCACUUGAACUUGAGUCAUUGUGGUAUGAGUUCAAAAGGCAUCAACCAACUCAGUCAUGCUCUGAGUAUAAACCCUCUUACCAACUCUUCCCUCACUUUCCUUGACCUAAGUGGGAAUUCCCUCAAGGACGAUGCAGCAAAUUUGUGUAGCUUCUUGGCUCAACCAAAUGCCAUAUCUCACUUGGACCUGUCAGGCACAGAUUGUUCUUUGGAAGCUCUUUUUGGAGCCCUACUCAGAGGUUGCACAACAAAGCUGAAUUACUUGAACAUUUCAAAGAAUAGUUUCAGCACGAAGAAAGGAAAAGAGAUCCCACCAUCCUUUAAACUCUUCUUGAGUUCAACACUUGCCAUGAGGCAGUUGAUAAUGACCUCAUGUCGCUUGGCUAAUGAUUCCCUGAAACAACUGUUGCUUGGGCUUGCCUCAAAUGGAAGUGCUUGUGAAGUACAUUUGGACAUCAGCUGUAAUGGUUUGGGGAGCAAUGGAGCAUCCCUCCUGGAAUCCUGCCUUCCUGAGAUUGCUUGCCUGCAAAGCUUGGAUGUAUCCGAGAAUGGGUUGGAAGGAGACAUGGCUGGAGUUGUUUCUUCAGUUAGCAAGAACAAAUCCAUGAAGACCCUCAACAUUGGACGCAAUGUAAAUACAAUGAAGUCCAAGCACGUGGGUCAUGUGAUAGAAGCCCUUGUCCAGUUGGUUCAGGAUGAUGACUGUGUGUUAGAAAGUCUUUCAGUUGCUGACUCAAGACUCAAAUCAGAUAUUUAUAACCUGAUCAAUGCCUUGGGAAGCAAUCAUUGUCUGCAGUCCAUUGACCUCAGUGGCAAUGCAAUAGGGGAUCCUGGUGCUAGACUCCUGGCCAAAGCUCUUCAGAUCAAUAGCAAGUUGCAAACUGUCGUGUUUGACCGGAACAACAUAGGCCUUCAGGGUUUUCAGGAUAUUGCCUAUGCAAUGGAAAGCAAUUACACUGUGAAGCACAUGCCAUACCCGGUGUAUGAUGUCAUGGUCUGUAUGAAGACUGCACCUGACAAGAGUGAAGCUGUGAUGAAAAAAAUUCAAGAUCUCCUUCAAAGAAAUGUCUCACCAAAGAAGUACUCAAAUGGGCAAGCCUUUAGGUUACAACAGGGAUUCCUCCUGAGCUCCACCCAACAGAUGGUAGAUCGUUUGGUUGUGCAAACCCAAGAAACGAUCCGAAUCCUCCGGCAGCAGUCUGACUCUGUGUCCCUAAGUGACAUUGAGGAGGCAGAAAGGCUCAUUCCAGAUGCUGAAAACUCAAAACAGCUCCUGACAAGACUACAUGAAGUGGUGCUCAAGGAGGAAGAAGGUGGGAAUCCUGUCAGUGCUAAGCUGAACCACAUGGCAGAAGAGCUUCAAGGCACCAUAUCUAAAUUCCUUCAGCAAACGAUGGACAGCAUGUUGAAAUGUGCAGAAGGAGAAUGCCCUCAUAUUAUGGGUUCUGCCCAUACUGUGGGCUUGGAGCUUCAGAAAUACACCCAACACAAGGGGAUCUUGAGUCCUGAUGUAGUAAAGUCUUGCCUUGUUGAUCAAGCUGGCACAGACAUCAUCAACAGAGUGAAGCUAUCAAGAGGAGCCAUAUUAAGCAUUGCCACUCUCUUUUCUUCUUUCAGUGAAGUCAAUUCCUCAGUGGCAGCCCAUUUAUCAGAUCGAAUCGUAGAUGAAGUCAUUGAGUCAUUGUCUCGCAGCUAUAAGGCUUUGUCUAAGGGAGUAAAUGGGAGUGAACCCUUGUCACUAUCACGAAGUUUGCCUCCCCACACAUCAAAUCAUCCCAUGGGACUUUCAUAUUCCUCUGGUAUCACUCGAAGUGCAAGUCAGUUCUCAGAGCAAAGCCAGAAAUCUGAUGGCUCUUCUCCUGGGGCUACACCUCAAUUGUCAGCCAAGAGGAAGAGCCUUCAUGGCAGGAAGCUUAGGCCACAGAGUGUUGUUGAUGUUGUAGAAGGAAUUUCAGGAGAAGAGUUACCUCGCCUGCUGCCUCCUGUCACACCAGAGGAGUCAGAUGAAUCACUUGAUACAGUGACUGAACUGCCAUCAGCCAGUGGUCAGCUCCAACAUCUGGGGAAAGCCCGGCCCAAAAGAGCAAAAACAAGAGCUCCCACACGCACCUUUCUCACUGGCUCUAUAUACACAGAUGAUGACCAGGAACACAAUCUUCAAGAAGGACUUGAUGAAUUCUUUCAUCCUACUGCUGGUUCUGCUCCUGCUUCACCUGUGGGAUCUCCUACCUUUGAUAACAGGCAUGAUCCAUUGAAAUACUCCAUUCCACGCUUGGUGAAAUCUACAUCAAACUCAACUGAAAACAGUCCCACUCAUGUGCUGAAAGUAGAUGAGAAAAGUGGGAAAGAUCGCAAAUCUGAUACAGAGAGUAGCUGCAGUGAUUGCAGUUUGUUGCGACGAGGGUCUGACAAGCAGCCUCAAAAGAAAGAGAAAAGUGGGUCUUCCAUGGUUCGAGGGAUAUCCAGUGUUUUCAGCAAGGCAGCAGACAUGGUUCAUAGAUCAAAGGCUCCUGUUGUAUCCAAGAAUGACACUUCUCCUAAUGUACCAAAGAAGGAGAGAGAGAAAGAAAAAGAGAAGGAGGAGAAGGAGAAGGAAAAAAUUGAAGUGAAUCCUGAGAGUGACCGUGGUAGGAAUAAUGCAUCAUCUUCACCUGAUUGGUCUGAAAGUGGUGACGUGAAGAUGAGGAAGCAAAAUGCACCUCACAGGAUGGGCAUCAGCAUGGGAGGGAAUAUCAUGGCUGAGAUGAAGGCAAGGCAAGAGAAAAUGGCUUCUCGACAGGUGAUACCAGAAGAGGCUCAGGGACAUGAUAAUACGUCUGGUCCUGGGCCAAGCUUUCGGUUGCGACCAACAGGACUUGCGGAUUCUCUCAAGUCUCCCACAAAUGGAUACCCAAAGACGGGCCUAGGUGAAACCAUACAUGAUGCCUCACCAAGCCCAGAUGUCCCCUCAAGACCCAUUAGCAAAACUCCUGAACCAGUUCCCUUGGGCAAAGGAUCCAAUCAGAUUUCCUCAGGCCGGCCUCGACCUCCACCUGUUGCCCCCAAACCAAGACCAAAAUCCAUGGCUGGUCUUGAUUCUACACGAUCUGGAGACUUGAGUGAUGCAUCCAGCUCCAAUACUUCCACUGCCAAUACACCAGAGUCUGGAGAUGCCCUACAAGAUUCCAUAGACUCGGGUCAUGUAGGCUCCCGGGAUUCCUUUCCUGAGAAGAAACUGGCUUAUCUGGAUCAAUCUUUCUUAAGGUCUUCCCCAACCCCUGAUUCAGGUCCAAAGUGUGUUGUGCUUGGAAAAAUGUCCCAGUGUUGGUCAUAUGAACUCAUGCAGAAAUGUAAAAUUUAUCUGUCAGUCAUUUGGACUGACAUGAUACCCAAAGUGUUAAUCUAUCAUCUGACACUUCCAUUGGAACUGAAGGAGACCUCAGUUGACGAGGAAGAUCUAGAGGGCUCCCAUACUUCAUCCAACAGCAAGGAAGGGGAGAGUCGUAGCAAUAACCCCAGAACUCACAUCCUGUCUCGCCUGUCUUCGGCUUCCAAUCCUCCGACUCCUAUGUCCCAUCAGGAGUUCUUCUCUGAUGAUGUCGUCAACGUGUGAUCCCAUCAUCGCUUCAUCACCCCCAGACACGGAAUAUUCUGUUCUCAGGAGAGCACCCCUUGUCAAAUUUCAAAGGACGUCGAGAGUUACUGACGAGGAAGAUGACUUGCAUGUGGUUCUUUGCCCACCACUUGAAUAUGGUGUCAACUUUAGUUGAGAUUUUGUAUUAAGAACAUCAUGCAGUUAUCUUCUACUCAAAAGCGAUGGUCUUGCCAUGAUUGAUAGCCUGAUGAGCACAAUAGCUUUUUAGAUAUAUUGCAUUAACAGUAAUGUUGGAAGUCUCACUAACUCGAUGAAUUACUCUCCACUGGUUGCUCACAGUGCAAUCUUUUCAAGCCUCUUACUUGCCUCUCUGAGGCAUUCCAUAGCUCUGGGCGUUUCAUUAACUGAUUGUUCUAGGUCAGAGGCAUAGAGCACAGAGUGGCAGCAUGCUAUAGUUGAUAAUGCAACACAUCAUGACCACUCUCUGCAUACAUCCUAUGUCCCUGUGUGUCACCAAAUUUCAGUUUUUGAGCCAUUUUUCUGAUCCAUCAAGUCAUCUGCAAACUGGACUGCCUCUCGCUUUCUCCCCCCCUAUCUUAUGCUCUCUCUGCCAAAUUUUGUCUUGCCCUAUGAAGUGCAAACUGCUGAGAAAUGCAUGUGUCAAAUGUGGCCAUG